AUGCAGGAGGAAAAUGAUCAAGGGUUCGUACAAAAGGCUAUCAACGGGGACGAAGUACUGAACAAUAAUCACGGCCCCAUCUUGAGCUUACUUAGGGAAAUACUGGACAAUUCCGCGAUUGCCCGCGAAGUGCAACUGCCUUGCUUCAGCUUCCUUUGGGGGUUUGCAUGGACUGAGCCGUUAAUUUUUAUCUAUGAGGGCGGUGCUUGGCCCGCCGUUAUUCACCCUUACCACCUCAUGGAGGUGAGUCGCAGCUUCCUUCCUGUUACAGGAAAUAGUGGAGAGACCGCGACGCGGUAUACUAUUCCCACUACCUUUGAGGAUGGCGUUGUCGGCCGCGCCAUUGGCGACGGAGAUUAUGCUGUACAGUUGUUACGCUUUGAGUUGGUGGGUACGGCGUAUUCUGUAGAGUCCUAUCGAAUCUUCGCUCGGAGCACCUCACAGCCGAAUCUUUUCACACGUCCUGAGUACAACCGACCGGUGAGUUCUGCCGUUGUUCGCGUAAUUAUGAACGGGGGUGGAAUAACACCGAAGGGAAACAAUGAUACCCAUCGCAUCACGCAGUUGCGGGGGAGGGAGUUGGGAGAAGCAUUCUUUCACAGCUUUGUUUCCCUUAUUGGUGGCACUGUGAAACAUCUCGAAAAGAUGUGUUGUAGUUGUACAAACGCGGGCCGAUAUCAGAGUGACGUGGAAAGUGGCGGGAUUUCCUCCAGUGCACACAGCAGCCAACCUUUUACUGAAGAACGUUCUCUUGUGUCACUUCAUUGCAACACGGAAAUUUGUCAUGCUGCUGCGUCUGUUCGACAAGAUAACAUUCCGGACGCGACCUGUGUAGUGGCUGCGGAGGGAAAUAACAAUUCCACCGUAUCUUUCUCUACAACCAAAGGGACUGAGGCGAAUUCCGAUUUUUCGCUAAGAUGGGAAAUUUUUUUCCAGUUAUUUAUUCAGGAGGAGCGGUACUGCACCAACGUUGAAAGUGGUUGGACAAACUGGACGAGUGGGUGGGAUAAGGUGAACCGGUUUGACGUUGUUGACUCUAUCGAUUGUAUCAUCACCUCAUUGGGGGGCUCACGCGAGGCUGUCCACGUUGCUACAGCUUACCUUGAUGCAUUUGUUUCCACGUCUCAAACGGUAGUCAGGGAUGCUACUUUUUUUAGUGGGAUCCUUCUUGCUUGUUCCAUGGUGAGUUGUAAGCAGGUGGAUCGAUUUUUCCCCCCCAUCAGAGCGUUUUUACGUUGUUUGCGGCCAGAGCACUCCGUCACCACGGCGGAGUUUAUUCGCUAUGAGGGGUAUGCGCUGAAAACAUUAAACUUUUGUUUGCAGCCUGUUACAUCGCUGGAGAUUGUGGAGGCCUUGUUGCAGUUGUGCGGUGGCCCCGCUGCCCAGCGAGAGGCAGAGAAGCGGCACCGCCUACGUGAGAUGGAGCGGUGGAAUGUUGACACGAGUGGAGGGGGUAAGGGAGGUAAUAAUAAUAAUAUUUGUAAUAAUAACACAUACGAUGGUUGCCGAUGGUGUGAUGAGGAUGCUGACAAGGAUACGGACAAUGCGCAUUGGAACUGCCUGUGUCGGCUGGCGCGAUUUAUUACUGAUUUGAUGCUCCGUGACACCAGGGCGCAGGAAUUUCGACGUAGCGUAAUGGGGCUUGCCAUUCUUGCCGUCGCCGCGGAAAAGACACAGUGGGCACUUCCAGCGCCGCUCGCCGAAAUGCUUCCCGAGUCCUCCCGCGUCAACAGCAGUACAGGGGGAAGUGCAAGACUGGACUGUGAGAGCUACGAACUGCUGACACGCUACGCGGCGACAAUACGGCACCGAUGUGAGGAGGAUGGACAGAGGUGCGGUGUUGCUUCGCUCUGGCGUGCUGUGGAGUUAGUUCAUGGGUACUGCGAGGAAUUUGGCACGGGACGACGGUUCAUCAACGGCGUGCUUCAACGACGCUACGGUAUCAACUCCGCGACGGACAUAAGCAUGAGUGUGUAG